UAUCCCCAAAAAAUUUCCAGUAUGACUCGAAAACAAAUUGCCACGCCCCGCUGUGGGACUAUUACCAAAUUGGUGGUCAGCAUCGGCAGCGGCGAAACCUUUAUUACUUAUGCAGAUGACACAACACGAUCUUUCUGCGCGAACCCCUCCUGGUUGAACUUCCAAAAUGGGAUGAUGGAGCUGGGUCCCGUAAGUGAACCUCAUCCGCAUGACCACCCAAAAGAGGCAGCAGCCUUUCUGGAGCGACAUUUCGGAAGGAACCCCCAGGUCUGGGCAUCAAUGGCAACUCAACAGGGACUUUCAUCCUUGCAUUUGAACGGCAGGAACAGUGAAGUGAAUUUUCAGGACAGAGAUGCUGUUAUUUGGCACACCUGGCUGGUGGAGAAGGUAAGAUUUCCGCCAGCUCAGUGUGCGAUCAUCGAAGAAUGGAAAGAUCCCUUCACGGAAACUCUGGGGAGUUGCUAUUGUGUCUGGCAUUUGCAAAACUGCAUGGCCUGGCAGCUUAUUAUCAGAAAUAUAAUGACAGAGGCCAAGUGCUUCUGUUUGCGCAUCAAGAAAACCAUGGACCUUGUCAACCAACAUCUUGAUCCGGAAAUGGAUCUGGAUAAAUCUACUCCCGCCAUGAGCGAGCGAGUUUUAGAUGCCACUGAUAUGCUGAAAAAACUGAAUGAUCUUCUCGAGCUCCAGGAAAAACGCAAUCGGCGCUACAAACGCCUCUAUAAGGUACAGGAAAAGUGAAAGACCGCGAUUGGAGGGCUGACCCCUUGAUGUCUGCAUAGAUUGUAUUUACUUUAUUAAAACAUUUCUGUUGUAUUUUCAUAGUAUUAGACA